UUAUCCACUCAGUACAGCAUCCCAACAUACUGCGAGUUCUGUUCCUCACUCAUCUGGAUGAUGGAUAAAGCGUGUGUCUGCAAACUCUGUCGCUAUGCGUGUCACAGGAAGUGCUGUCUGAGGAUGACCACCACCUGCAGUAAGAAGUUUGACCCCGAGCUGUCUUCACGGCAGUUUGGCGUAGAGUUGUCUCGUUUGACGAGCGAUGAGAGAGCCGUCCCGCUGGUGGUGGAGAAGCUGAUCAACUACAUCGAGAUGCAUGGCCUCUACACCGAGGGCAUCUACAGGAAGUCUGGAUCCACCAAUAAAAGUAAAGAACUCAAGCAGGGGCUGGACACCGAUGUGAACAGUGUGAACUUAGACGACUACAACAUCCAUGUGAUCGCCAGUGUGCUGAAACAGUGGCUGCGUGACCUUCCCAACCCCCUCAUGACCUUUGAACUUUAUGAGGAGUUCCUCAGGGCUAUGGGUCUGCAGGAUAAGCGUGAGGUGGUUCAGAGCGUUUAUUCGGUCAUCGAUCAGCUCAGCCGAACUCACCUGAGCACACUGGAGAGACUCGUAUUCCACCUGGUCCGGAUCUCGUUCCAGGAGGAGACGAACCGCAUGUCUGCCAACGCACUGGCCAUCGUGUUUGCUCCCUGCAUACUGCGCUGUCCCGACACUACUGACCCGUUACAGAGCGUCCGGGACAUCAGCAAGACCACCGCGUGUGUGGAGCUGAUCAUCUGCGAGCAGAUGAGGAAAUAUAAAGCCCGUCUGAAGGACAUCAACACGCUGGAGUUUGCCGAAAUCAAAGCCAAGAGUCGGCUGACGCACAUCCGGCGCUCGAUGAAACCAGUACUAAUUGCGGUUAGGUUUAUUGGCAUUACCAGAACGGCCACCCCGCCAAACGCAGUUAAGAAGGGUAAGGGGCGAUUACGCAAAAGUGGGUGCCACACGCCCUCGCCGCCCCUGAGCCCUCGGGCAGCAGAGGGGGCGGAGCCAGGCGAGGAGGGGGCGGAGCCUGGGCUGAGUGAGCAGCAGCAAGCAGCCAUGCAGCAGGAGGAGAAAGUCUUGUCUCAGCAGAUAGAAAACCUGCAGAAAGAGAAGGAAGAACUGACCUAUGAGAUGCUGGCUUUGGAGCCCAGAGCGUCCGAUGACGAGAUGCUGGAGUCGGAAGCAUCUUUCGGAACAGCAGACAGCUCGGAAAACCUCAUGGAGUCGGAAGGCGUCAUGUCCGAUCAGUGGGAAAAGAGCCCCGGCACCGUGUCGGCAGCACGCUGGAGGAAGUCCGAGUCCAAAAGCAGACGCGGUUUACAGCGUCAGCCUGAAUCUCUGGACUCGGUGGACUCGGCCGUAGCCUCGCUGUCCUCUGUGUCGUCCACGCCUCACUAUCGGUUUCGUUCGUCUUCUUCCGGGCCUCUGUUUUCCUCUACCUCUCCCGGCGGGGACUUGCACACUCUCCCCGACCAGGAGGGCUCUGAACAGGCUUCCCUGUCCGUCCGAUGUGCCUCCAGCUCAGAGAAAACCCGUCCACGGCCCAGAGGGAACCAAAGCUGCCCGCCAAAGUCCCGCGAGCCGGGGGAAGGCAGCGGCGGCGGCCGAAGACGAGAGCAUGAAUUCGUUUCUUCUCAGCCUUUGGUGCUGUACGGGAGUAAUGAGUUUAUGGUGUGAUGAGAAUGGUGUCCAAUGUUACCCAGAGCUGGUAAAGCAGAAACACCAAUGGAUGUCCAAAUAACAUUCAAAGUGAAAGAGAAAAGGCUUGGGAAUCAACCAUCAAUUGCUCGUCCUUGCGGUGAUCAGAAUUGUUAGGAAGGGACUGAAUGAGGUUUUUAUGAAAUUACGACCUGCUGACUGUAGCGGACCUGCUGGCCCGGUCCGUUUCUCACAGCAAGAAUAGUUGAACAGAGAAAGAGCGAUUUCUAAUCAACUGAGCCAAUGAGAAGUCAAGCGACUUCGACUGACUGCAUGCCGUAUUGCUACCUUUUUGAUUUCACUCUAUGAUUAAAACCUUUGAUAAAGUGCUAAAUAUGUAAAAUAAUAUUAUAUUGUUGAUGAGGGUCGAACGAAUCAUGUAAAUAGCUGAAAUCCCUGUGCUGCUGAGUAACGUCUCUUUGUGUUGCAGAUUGAGAGCUAGAGCGUGUGAAUCUGGUGUCUGUCUCUGGAUGUGUGUGAGUCUGACAAGAACACACAUGGUUUAGGUCUUAUUUCGUCCCAUUUUUGCGUAAAGAAAACAGUCUUGGUUUUCUUUAUGCGAAAUGGAUUUGAAAUCUGACCCGGACAUGUGCUUUAACCCAUGUUUUUAGCUUUUUUGGUUCCAGAAACAUGUUUUCCCUUCAGAUGAAAAAGCAAAGGGAUGAAUAGGGAUGAAAAGUCAGAUGUGUGUUUGUCCCAUGAUUCUUUGCUGUGGUUUUACUCUCCAUUCUUUUUUUUGCAUCAGUGUUAUGUGCAACCAAAUCAGGACGUGAAAAUAUAUUUUGUCUUUUUUUUGAUUAAUUGCUUUUUUUUUUUUUUAAAGUAUAUUGUGUUUAUACAUGCUGAUAUUUUAUUAUGAAUUUCAAGAAUAUGAAUAUUUUUGGUGUUCCACUGUGCCGUCUGGAGUCACAUGUUGUCCUUAGUUU